UGCGGGCGCCAUCUUCCCCGCGGCCGGGCGGAGCGGGAGCGGCGGCGGCUCCGCCAUGAGGCGCGGCGCUGGCUCGCAGCACAGUGAGCUCCCGCCGGGGCCGCCCGGAGCCUCGCCAAGGCCGGGAAUUACAGCACCCAUAGAUCAGAAGAACAAAAGCCUAAAUACUUUGAAUGGAAGGAAGUCUGCAAAAGAUGAUCUGAAGCGGGAACCCUUGGCACCUUUGCAGAGGUUCUCCUCAGCACCAGCGAAGAGCAGUACAGCAAAUACUUUUGCCUGCAGUGCUUGUUUGGGGAAGAAAAACAUUACCAGAGAUUGGCUAACACAGAAAAACUUCCAUCGUGUAAAGGCAGUACCUGAUGAAAGUCGAGAUAUCAUUGCUUGUGCUCAGUCUGUCUUGGAGAGAGAAAAUUAUUUCGUUAAGGAGGUGGACAGAUAUUUGAAGCACAAUGAUUUCUUGAAUCUGAGAAAGAAGGAGAUGCUGUACAAGAAAUGGCUUGGGGAUGUUUCAGAGCCACUGCUGCAGAAAAUCGAGGACAAAGUUGACAGCAAAUCGAGUGAAGAAAUACAGAAAAGGAAUGAAGAACAACUCUCUCUAUAUUUAAACUACUGUAAAAAGAAGGGCUAUGCGGCUUUGGACACCUACAACCCUUCAGAGUAUGAUCCCUUAUUCCUGAAGACGUGUACAGACUGCUGGAAGGUUUCAAUACCGACUUUAAACGAUCCAUUGUUAAAAGAUGCGCAAAAAAAGUUUACUGAGAAAAGCAUUAUCAGGCAGUGCGAAACAGGAAGGCUAUGCUCAUCCAGAGAACUGAAAGAACUCAGCAAAGCAGAACUGCCACUGCUUCCUUUAAGCCGACAACAUGUGGAUGCAGUUGAGUGGCUGAAGAUACCACACGCCUACAUUGCUAGUGAGGUCCACCAAAGAAAGAGGCAAAAAGUUGUUGAAUACCACAAAGACACCAAGAACUCAUGCCACUUGUCCUCCAGCUGACUGUGUGGUGCAAAACCAUCAGAAGGUACCGUUCACAAUAUGUAUGUUAGAGCUUCUGUCAAAGCAAGUGAUAACAGGCCAGUCCUUCUAGCAGACUGCAAUAAACUUAGCACCUAAA